AUGAGACUUCAGAUAUUGGCAAUUUUAACAAGUCUCAUGCCUUUCCCAGCAGCCUUAAUUACUACACUAUACAAGGGACUGGAAAAGGAGGCAUUAAUUGUGCAAUGUUCUAGACAGUCAUCUCGAUCCCCUGUGGAGUGGUAUUAUACAACAAACAAUACACGUAUCAGCACUCAGAAAACAAACCGUGUAUUUGCCUCAGGGAAAUAUCUUAAGUUUCUCCCAGCUGAAGUCAAUGAUACUGGAACCUAUACUUGCAUUGUCAGAAGCCCUACCUCUAAUAAGACUGGUUAUGUAAAUGUCACCAUAUAUGAAAAACAACCAGGUUGCAAUCAGCUGUUAUAUCAACCAACAACUGGAUCAGAAAAAAACUCCAGAAUAUCUUGUCCUACAAUUAAAAUGUUUAAUUGGACCGCACCCAUUGAGUGGCUUAAGAAUUGUAAAACUCUUCAAGGACCAAGGUACCACACACACCUUCAUUAUUUGUUUAUUGAUGACACAACUAGCAAGGACACAGGUGACUACACAUGUAAAUUUAUGCACAGUGAAAAUGGAGUAAAUUACCCUGUGACAGCAACAACUUUUUUCAGAUUUGAAGCAAAACCUGGUUUAACUUUGUGCCCAGAAAUUUUAGCACCUGCAGAAAAUGAAACAAAGGAAGUAGAAAUUGGAGGAACAAUACAACUAAAUUGCACUGCUUGCUUUGGGGAAAAUGCUCAUUCCAUGGCUGUUGUGAAGUGGUAUGUGAACUCAAGUGAUAUCAAGAACUUCAGUGAAGCCAGACUUCAAGAGGGACAAGAGAGAUAUGAAAGUUUCAGCAAUAAUACGGCCUGUAUAAACAAAGAUUUAAGAAUAGUUGAUAUAAAGGAAGAGGAUUUAUUGCUGAAAUAUGAGUGCCUGGCUUCGAAUGUGUGUGGGCUGAGAUAUCGCACCAUAAGAUUGAGGAAGAAGAAACCACUUGAUCUUCAAAGCACUUACUACAUGCUUACUGGAUUUAUUAUAUUGCUAAUGCUAAUAAUUAUUUUGGUGAUAAUGCUCAAAGUGUUCUGGAUUGAGGUUAUUCUGCUCUGGAGAGACAUAAUUAGACCUUACAAAACUAAGAAUGAUGGAAAGUUCUACGAUGCUUAUGUUAUCUAUCCACGGAGCUACAAAAGUAGUCCAAAGAGGAAUGACUCUGUGGAAUACUUUGUUCACCAGAUUCUACCAGAUGUUCUUGAAAAUAAAUGUGGCUAUAACUUAUGCAUUUAUGGGAGAGAUAUGCUACCUGGAGAAGAUGUUGCUAUAGCAGUGGAAACCAAUAUACGAAAAAGCAGGCGGCACAUUUUCAUUCUGACUCCUCAGAUGCUGCAUAGUGAGGAGUUUGCAUAUGAACAGGAAAUCGCCUUGCACUGCUCCCUCAUCCAGAAUGACUCCAAGGCCAUUCUUAUUGAGAUGGAGCCUCUAAGUAAGCCAGUUCGAUUUCAGUUUGGGCAACUUCAAGAUUCCCUCCAGCACCUUGUAAAAAUGCAAGGAACCAUCAAGUGGAAGGAAGACUGCAUUGCCAACAGAAGCUCACUGAACUCUAAAUUCUGGAAGCAAGUGAGGUAUCGAAUGCCUUUGCCUAGCAAACUUCCUACAAAGACUUCCAGUGUGGUGAUGUCUCCCUGA